CGGAAGCUCUGCAAGAGUUGCGGCGGGUCGGUUCCUGCUUUUGAUUUGGCGAGAAGGAGAACUGCAUCCGGAGCGCGGCUUUGCCUAUUGUCUGGGUUACGGCGGUGGCCUGGGGGACGCCGCAGCCUCUCCCUUUCAGCUCGAGCGGCGCGGUUGCUGCUUGAAGGGGAGCCUACCGGGCUCAGGCUGGCUCCUAUAUGCCCGGGACUAGCUGCUCGGCUCCAUGGAUCGUAGCUCGAAGAGGAGGCAGGUGAAGCCCCUGGCAGCUUCCCUGCUGGAAGCUUUAGAUUAUGACAGUUCAGAUGACAGUGACUUUAAAGUUGGAGAUGCUUCAGAUUCUGAAGGCAGUGGACAUGGCAGUGAAGAUGGAUCAAAGGAUAGCGGAGAAGGCUCCUGUAGUGAAUCAGAAGAACAUAUCUUGGAGGAAGACCUGGCAGAAGAAGAAGAAGAAGAAAAAAUAGAGGAAGAACAACCCAAGAGCUCAGGUAGAGAAGAGCUGCCAAAAACUGAGAAAGAAGUGAUUAAAACUGAAAAAGAGGAGGAAGAGGAAGAGAUGGAUGGAGAAGCGAAGCCAGGAAAGAAAAAGGAGAAAGAAAAAGAGAGAGAGAAACCUUCAGAAGUAGAUGGUGGCAUUGAUGAACAGACAAAUGAGCCAAAAAAGUGGAAUUUGCGAAGAAACCGCCCUCUACUAGAUUUUGUAUCCAUGGAGGAGCUGAAUGACAUAGAUGACUAUGACAGUGAAGAUGACAAUGACUGGCGUCCAACUGCUGGGAAGAAGAAGGGGAAAAACACGUUACGGAGAGAGGGAAGUGAUGCAGAUAAUGAGGAUGAUGAAGACGAUGGGAGCGGAAGUGAUGAGGAUGACAAUGAAGAGGAAGGCAAUGAUGAGGAUGAGGAUGAUAACAGCAGUGCUGCUAGUGAUGGUGGAUCCAAGAAGAAAAAAGUGAAAGCUCUUAGCAGAAAUAGUGCUGAUGAUGAGGAGCUGACAAAUGAUAGCCUGGCCCUUUCACAAAGCAAGAGCAAUGAGGACUCGCUGAUUCUUGAGAAAUCUCAAAACUGGAGCUCUCAGAAAAUGGACCAUAUUAUGAUUUGCUGUGUUUGUCUUGGUGAUAAUAGUGAAGAUGCUGAUGAAAUAAUCCAGUGUGACAAUUGUGGAAUAACAGUGCACGAAGGUUGUUAUGGUGUUGAUGGUGAAAGUGAUUCUAUUAUGAGUUCUGCUUCAGAAAACUCUACUGAACCGUGGUUCUGUGAUGCCUGUAAAUGUGGUGUUUCUCCGAGCUGUGAACUCUGUCCCAACCAAGAUGGAAUUUUCAAGGAGACAGAUGCCGGCAGAUGGGUCCAUAUUGUUUGUGCACUCUAUGUUCCAGGAGUUGCAUUUGGAGAUAUUGACAAAUUGCGACCAGUAACUCUUACAGAAAUGAACUAUUCCAAAUAUGGUGCUAAGGAAUGCAGCUUCUGUGAAGAUCCUCGUUUUGCCAGAACUGGCGUUUGCAUCAGUUGUGAUGCUGGGAUGUGCCGGGCAUAUUUCCAUGUGACUUGUGCUCAGAAGGAAGGCCUGUUAUCAGAAGCAGCAGCAGAAGAGGAUAUUGCAGAUCCUUUCUUUGCUUAUUGUAAACAACAUGCCGACAGGAUGGAUAGAAAAUGGAAGCGCAAGAACUAUUUGGCUUUGCAGUCUUAUUGCAAAAUGUCUUUGCAGGAAAGAGAGAAACAGCUCUCACCAGAAGCUCAGGCCCGAAUUAAUGCCAGACUACAACAGUAUCGUGCUAAGUCAGAACUAGCCCGUACCACAAGGCCACAGGCAUGGGUACCAAGGGAAAAACUUCCACGGCCGCUUACUAGCAGUGCUUCAGCAAUACGUAAGCUGAUGCGCAAAGCAGAAUUAAUGGGAAUUAGUACAGACAUCUUUCCGGUGGAUACUUCAGAUACCAAUUCCAGCGUGGAUGGAAGACGAAAGCACAAACAGCCAGCCCUGACUGCUGAUUUUGUUAAUUAUUAUCUUGAGAGAAACAUGCGCAUGAUCCAGAUCCAAGAGAAUAUGGCAGAACAGAAGAAAAUUAAGGAUAAGCUAGAGAACGAACAGGAAAAGCUUCAUGUGGAAUAUAACAAGUUGUGUGAGUCUUUAGAAGAACUUCAGAAUAUGAACGCAAAACUACGAAAUGAAGGGCAAGGAAUAUGGGCUGUGCUAGGUAGAAUAAUGGGUCAGAAAUUGAAUAUACCAGCAAUUUUGCGAGCGCCCAAGGAAAGAAAGCCUAGUAAAAAGGAAGGUGGAACCCAGAAGACUACAACCCUCCCAGCAGUACUUUAUAGUUGUGGGAUUUGCAAGAAGAACCAUGAUCAACACCUCCUUUUGCUGUGUGAUACUUGUAAACUCCAUUAUCAUCUUGGAUGUCUGGACCCUCCACUUUCAAGGAUGCCAAGGAAGACUAAAAACAGUUACUGGCAGUGUUCAGAGUGCGACCAAGCAGGUAGCAGUGACAUGGAAACAGACAUUGCCAUGGAAACUUUACCAGAUGGAACUAAGCGAUCAAGGAGACAGAUUAAGGAGCCAGUGAAAUUUGUUCCACAGGAUGUACCCCCAGAACCAAAGAAGAUUCCUGUCAGAAACACGAGAACUAGAGGACGAAAACGAAGCUAUGUUCCUGAAGAAGAAAAACCUGAGGAACGUAUUCCUAGAGAAAGAAGACAAAGACAGUCUGUAGUACAAAAGAAACCUAAAUCUGAAGAUUUAAGAACUGAAUGUGCCACAUGUAAGGGAACUGGAGACAAUGAAAAUUUAGUCAGAUGUGAUGAAUGCAGACUGUGCUAUCAUUUUGGUUGUUUGGACCCUCCCUUGAAAAAGUCUCCCAAACAAACUGGCUAUGGGUGGAUUUGUCAAGAGUGUGAUUCUACGUCCUCCAAGGGUGAAGUGGAUGGAAUGAAAAACAAGUAUCAGGACUCCGAACCGUCAAAUGAGGUGGUCUCAGAGGUCCCAAGUAAUGUUGUACCCUCUACCUCAAGAAGUAGCUCUGAACAGCUGGUAUCGGUGGCACAGAAAUAUCCAGAAGAGGUUUCAGAAUUCAGAGGAAAGGAGGAUGAAAAUGAAGCAGAAGGAAAAAAAUCACCUCAAGAGUGAAACAUGGAACAGAAUAUUUCCAAAAAAUAGGAAUUUCUUUCCUCUUGGAAAUAUUUUCAAGUAGUACCACAGUGAUUAAUGUGUGCCAUUGUAAAAAUUACAGAAUGUUGUCAAUAAAUGACAUUGGAAAUUAAAAUAUACAUUGUAUUGGGCAAUUGUUUAAUUGGCUCUUGGUGACAUUUAUAAUUAUAUGAAAACAUGAAUUUUCAGUACUCAUGAAGAAAACUGUUCAGUAUAUAAAAACGUUAGAGUUAUGAGCAGAAGAGCAGUGUCCUCAUUACUGUAAUUUUUUGCUAUGCAAAGUUGUUGGAAUUCUUCAUUGCAUUAUUUAAUGUGAAUCCUGAAGGACCAAAUAUCUCUCAGCAUUGAUGCAUGGCUAGUUAUUGACUUUGAUACGUAUGAAUUUGAAUAAAGAUGUAAUUACAAUAGGGAAGGCAACCAGAUUCUCUUGAUUGCAAAGACAACUUUGCAUCAUCUGCAUAUCUCUUAAGCUGUUCCAAAUAGUUGGCAUUUUCGCAGCAUGAACUAGAUCCUCCAUUGUAGACAAUCCAAUUUUAUGUGGAAUGUUGCAGCUUCCCCGUUUGCUUUCAUGAUUUACCUAGCAUUUAUUCAUUCCUUAGCUUAGAAAAUUUCAUUUGAUAUAGUCUUACUUUAUAUAAGGAAACCUGUUCUGCAACACACUCUUUUGCUUGUGUGGCUUAGAGUUUGUAGUAGGGCUGUAACUCAAUGUAAAGAAAUUUUAAUUGAUUAAUCAUCAGAUCUUUAGUUUAUUUUAAUCUAUUGAUUAAAUUUUCAUAUUCAUAAAAAUUCCAUUCUCUUUGAAAUAUAUUGAUUGGACAUGUAUGCAUAUUCACAGUGUGAAGUGUGCUUUAUGGUUCUAUCAUUUUUUGUUUUUCCACAGCAACAGAUGCAGAGGUUCUACCGCUAAUAAAACCUGUUAAAACAAAAUCAACAAAGGUCCAACUGAUAGUAUUGCAUUUCCAACCACAGUCAGUCAAAUAAAUUCCCCUUUUCCACAUGCCCCUGCAACUGGUGUUCACUCAAUGUGAUGGACAUCAAUAAAUUUUGAAGUGCAGGAGUUCAGUGUGACAAAUAGCCAAGCCCCCUAGGAAGACUCCAAACAAUGCAGACAGCUGUGUUGAUCUAUAACUACAGACACACACCCAGGAGCACUGCAUAGCAGGUCACCCAAUUUGUUAUGGUUGAUAUUACUAUAAUCCUAUGAAUAGUUUCCAUUGAACCCAGUAAUGCUUACUUCUGACUGUCUAGGUUCCACCCAAAUCACUGCACUUUACCAAAAGGUCUUUAGUUGCAUUUUACCUAACCUUUUGCCUGUGAUGUACCAAGAACCAGCCAGACACUAUGAAAUUGACAUUGUCCAAUCAUGGCUAUGCUUAAGGAAGCAGAGCUCCUCUGCUGGGCUCCCUUCCCUGAUUGCAGAACCUAACAGGAAUGUGAAACAGUUGAGCUCUGCUUCCUCCUAGUGGCCCUUCUACCUGGGAAGGAUGGUUGUCCCAAAUUAUGUAGAGUGUUCUCCCAUUUCCAGUUGGGACAUGAGCCUGGAGGCAGCAGAGUACUAUUCUUUCAUGUUCCUUUUCACCCUGCUAGAUUUUUGUAGCAUGAGAAGGUUGCUAUGGUUGCUCCUUACAUAUGGGAAUGGGAGAUUGUUUGGAGACAUCUGCAUCAGCACAAGGGUCUCUGGACCAAUCUCAUUUUCAUCUGCAUGUAGUUGAGAAAAGGAAAGACCAAAGUGAGGACAGCUAAAAGGGCUUGCAAGUGAAGAUAGUUUAAAGGCAAUUUGGAUGAUAUGAGGGAUGAUGCAAGAGGAUUGACUGAAGCAUCCUCAAGUAAUUUAACUGAUGAAUGGACCUGAUUAGUGUUGCAUUUAGCCCAUCUCCAAAACCAAACAUAACCUAGUUUAUUUGCAUAGAAACCUAGAGCGCUACAGCAUGGAGCUUGCUAGCAGGAGUGUAAAUGCAGUUUGUUUAUUUGUAAAGUUAUAUAUGUGCUGCUUAGGGGGGGCAUAACCCACCCAUGGCAGCUCACAAUAUGAAAUAAAAUAUAAUAAUUGUAAAACUAAGUGCCAAUGGCAGCAAUAUAAACAAUCAUUUUAAAGUAUAGGCCACUGAUCACACAACAGAAUAAUCAAUCGUUAUGUUGACCUUCUGUUUUUCUUUUUCACUGAAUCAUGGGUUUGAAUAAUUGGCAUAUAUCAAAUUACCUGAAGUGGAAAUGCAUCUAACUGAUGGCUCUUGCUUAAGCUUUGAAGCAUCAGUCUUCAAUAAACAAGCAAAAGUGAACUCAUUUGAGAUGGUUCUUCCCUGAUGGAAUGAUUUUGCAGAUGUAUUUGUGGCCUAAUCUUGUUU